AGUCAGAAUUUGCAACAUUGUUGUGAAAAUGGAAAGUAACGAGCACACGCGCUCAGCAACGUUGCUGCUGCUGCUGCUGCGACUGCUGCUAAUGCUGCUUGCCAUUAAAUUCAAUUCAAAUUCAGUUUCAACGAAUGAUAAACAACAAUAAUAAUACGAAAUAAACCGCAGUAUGCAAACAACCAUCCACGCUGACGUACGAAUAAAGCGAAUUCACUGCUGAGCUAAAAUGCCCAGUUCUUGGCUCAAAAUCAUCUCAUUGCUCUGGCUCUUGUUGCUCUUGGGCGAAUUGGGCCAAGUGCAGGCACAACGAAGCACUGGCGGACGCAAUGUGCUGCGUCGCAAUUACACAGGCAAAAAACCCGUGGUCAUUCAGCAUCGCUCACAGGAUGCAGUCAACUAUUAUGAUCAUGAGAAUGGUGCCAAAAUUAUAAAAUCAUCGCACUUUGAGCUCGACUAUACGCUGGGACGUAAGAUUACCUUCUUCUGCAUGGCACAGGGCAAACCACGUCCCACUAUAACUUGGUUCAAGGAUGGCGCAGAGUUAUAUCAGCAUCGAUUCUUUCAGGUACACGAAUCUCAUCCGGAGCCUGAAAUUAUUAAAUCCAAAAUGGAAAUUGAUCCUACCACACAAAUGGAUGCAGGUUACUAUGAGUGCCAAGCUGACAACAUCUAUGCCAUUGAUCGUCGAGGUUUUCGUACGGACUAUGCUAUGGUUAAUUUUUAAUAUAUCUUAUGUUCUCUAUGUAUACAAAUGCUCAUCAAUAUUUUUAUAAUAAACGUUUGCCUGACAAC